AUGGGUGCGGUGAUUUUGACGGUGACGGGUGGUGAAGCACUCUAUGCAGAUAUGGGGCAUUUUGGACGGCUGCCGAUUCGUUUAGGCUGGUUUAUCAUUGUGCUGCCUUGUCUGUUAUUAAAUUAUGCAGGGCAAGGUGCGUUAUUGCUGCGUAAUCCAAGUGCGAUUGAAAACCCAUUCUAUUUGCUUGUACCUGAAUGGGGCUUAUACCCCAUGAUUGCCCUAGCCACAGCGGCAGCGGUGAUUGCCUCACAAGCGGUCAUUACAGGUGUAUUUUCAAUGGCAAACCAAGCCAUUCAGCUACGCUAUUUGCCAAGAUUAACCGUGCACCACACUUCUGAUGUAGAACAAGGCGGAUGGGUUCCGAUCCUGAUCGGUGCAAUCGUAUUUACUAUUCUGAUGACGUGGAAAACCGGGCGAGAAAUUGUCUUUAACCGUUUGGAAAAAGAUGCCUUGCCGUUGGAUCUGUUUAUUAAAAGUGUCAGUUUGAGUGAUGAAACACAGUUUGUACCCGGUCAAGCGGUAUUCUUAACCGGUAAUCCAAAUAUUGUUCCACAUGCGAUGUUGCACAAUAUUAAGCACAAUAAAGUCCUGCAUGAACGCAAUAUUAUGGUGACGGUGAUUACCCGUGAUGUUCCUUAUGUGCCAGACCAAGAAAGAAUUCGUGUUGAAGUGUUAGAUAAGCGCUUCCAACGUGUUUUUGUUUACUAUGGCUUUAAGGAUCAACCUGAUAUUCCAAAUGCACUAGAAUUGGCUUAUAAGCAACUCGAAGUUGAAUUUGACAUGAUGCAUAUCAGUUUCUUCAUCUCACGUGAUCGUUUGAUUCAUACUGUGGGUGAUGGAAUGGCACCAUGGCGUGAAAAACUGUUUAUUUCGAUGCAACGCAAUACCAGUCCGGUGAGUGAUUUCUAUCAAAUCCCGCCAAACCGUGUGGUGGAAAUGGGUAGCCAGAUCGAAAUCUAA